UGUCAUCGAAAAGGGUACAAUUGCCUAUCAGAACUGGGUCAUUCCAGGGAGUCCCAUCUACCGACAGUUUUGGCUCUUUGAUGUACAGAACCCAGAGGAGGUGAUGCAGAAUGGGUCUGCUCCAAUCCUUAAGCAAAAAGGUCCUUACACUUACAGGAUGCGCUAUAAGCCCAAAGAAAACAUCACCGAAUAUUUUGACAACACCCUCUCAUACUUCCAGCCGAACAUCAUCCGUUUUGAACCCGAUCUGUCCAUCGGCUCAGAAAACGACACUGUCACCACUGUCAACCUUGCUGUUGUGGCUGCACCAGCUUUGUUUAAAGCUGGACUUAUUCAAGCUUUGAUGGACAUCUGGAUGAAAUCUUCCAAAUCAAAUUUCCUCCAAACAAGAAGCGUGAAAGAAUUACUUUGGGGCUAUGAAGAUCCCUUCUUGAAGAAAAUCCCAAUGUCAAAAGUUACUAAGGUUGUAGGAGUAUUCUACCCUUACAAUGAAACAUCUGAUGGUCCUUACCAAAUUUACAGUGGAAAAGGUGAUUUAACCAAGAAAGGAUCUAUCCUCACUUAUAAUAAUAGCAGGACCGUUAAAUACUGGGAAAGUUAUUGCAGUAUGGUGAAUGGCACAGAUGCAGCUUCGUUCCACCCUUUUGUGAAUAAGAAUGAAGAGCUGCGUUUCUUUUCCUCUGACAUUUGCAGGUCAAUCUUCGCAAAAUUUGAAAGCGAGCAGAUAGUGAAAGACAUUCCCCUUUAUCGCUUCAUCAUCCCUCCAGCGGCUUUUGCAUCGCCCGUUACUAAUCCUGACAACAUUUGCUUCUGCACCGAUAUCAGCAUAAGCAGGAACUGUACAUUAGGUGGAAUGUUGGAUAUCAGCUCCUGCAAAGCAGGUAGACCAGUCUACAUCUCGUUGCCCCAUUUCCUGCAUGCGAGUAAGGAAUUUUUUCAGUUUGUUAAGGGAUUGAAGCCAGAUAACGAAGAACACAAAACCUUUCUGGAUGUAGAACCAAUCACAGGAUUUACCUUGCACUUUGCCAAAAGGCUGCAGAUUAAUCUAUUGGUGAAACCAAACCCAAAAAUCACAGCACUAAGAAAAAUUAAGCAUCACUUCAUCUUUCCUAUUUUGUGGCUGAACGAGACCGCUAUUAUCGGUGAUGAGAAAGCAGACGUUUUCCGAUCCAAAGUGACCAACAAGAUCAAACUGCUGAACUUCCUUCAGCUGGCACUAAUGAUCAUCGGAUCUGUGAUCUUUCUGGGAUUCCUAGUUGCUUUCUUCCUAUGCAAAGGAAAGAGCCCCAAAUAAAAAGAUGCUGCUGGUGAAACCAUCCAUUUCUUCCAAUUCCCAGCGGAAAGUAGACUUGCCUUCCUGGUGUUGGUGUUGGUUGUGCUCUGUAUAUGUAAAUAUCCUGGGGAAGAUGCCUGCAAUACAGCGGUGACAGAUAAAGUCACUUUUUCUAACCAGAACUCCAUUGACAUUCAGAUGCCCUAUUUUUACCUCAUCAGAAAGACUGGCAUGAAACCUGAACUUCUGGGUCUCUCUGAAGAAAAUCCCAUUUUCGCCCCCUUCAGAAUGAAACUCCAAUUUGGACUGAAGUUUGUUCUGCCAAUUCUGCAGCUCAACUGCCGUUUCCUCUGAGUUUGUUUGUUUUUUUACACCUUGGGUGUUGAAGAACGGGAACCGAAGUUACGAAGUUACACAACUGAGUGGCUGGGGUGGAAAAGGAUGAUGAUUAUUUUUUGCCUCCCAGCCCUCUGAAGAAAAGAGCCCUGUUGUGUUUGUCUUCAAAAGCUGUGACUUCUUUUUUUUUUUUUAAGAAGAAGAAGAGGAAGAAAGACCAACAAUUGUAGAAUAUUAAUUGCUAGUAAAGGACUUAC